ACAUCCCGAAGUAGUACUUGAGAACAACAGCGGAAACGUCUCGCAAACAGAAGAUUCGCUCGAACGCCUCCAGGAGGACGAACAUGCUGGUCGUGCCGAAGACAACCGGACUCUCAUGGAGAGGAGCCACAAACAGAACGAGACGGACAAUACCACGGCCUCGAUUCUGAACGAUUCCAUCAUACAAGACAAAGAGGCUAUGCCCAGCUUCGAUGAGUGGAAGAAGAUCCGGCUCGAGAAAGAGAAACAGGACCCGUCGUAUCCGAGUCCGAAGGAGCCGGAGCAUCGAGACGGCGGUAUCAAAGCUAACGAACGGAAGCGGGGCCGACGCAACUAUGCUUCGAUAGAAUGCGGGGCGAAAAUCGUCGCGGCCAACGCGAACGCUGCCGGCGCAUCGAAAGUCCUACUCGAAGCCACAGACGAGUACAUGUUGAAUCCUUGCAACUCGCUGAUGAAGAGCGGCAUGUGGUUCAUUGUUGAACUCUGCGAGAGCAUCCAUCCCACUCACAUCGAGCUGGCGAACUUCGAGCUUUACUCCUCGACAGGGAAGGAAUUCGUCGUUUACAUGAGCGACCAUUAUCAGUCGCGCGAGUGGACGGAAGUGGGACGAUUCGAAAUGGCGCAUCUGAAAACCGUGCAGAGCUUCCCCCUGGACGCACCGGGUUUCGGGAAAGUGAUCAAAGUUGAAUUUCUAAGCAUUUAUGAAAACAACCAAUACUAUUGCCCCUUGAGUCUGGUCCGGGUUUUCGGGAGUUCGAUGGUCGAUGACUACGAGGAAAAGGUCUCCGAGGACAGCCAGGGAACCCCCGAGCCGAUCGAGAAGGAGCAGAUCGUUGAACCUACGCCCGCCUCCGUUACGAUCGUCGUGGAUGAGAAUAUGGUUUCGAGGGCGAAGAAAGCGAUGUUCAAUAUCAUCAACUCGGUCAGCAAAGUGGUUUCGGGCACAAAAACCUUGGAUGGAAACUGUAGCGACUGCUCGACGAACGAGAGUAGCGACCACGUGCUUUCCUUGGGCCAACAAUUCGACAACUGUUUCGAGUUGACAAAUCUCAGCGGGCCCGAAGGUCAUCUGUGGCCGUCGAUGAAGUGUCGCUUCGCCCAAGUGGCGAACGUGCAGCGGAGCUGCCGACCCCUGCUCGUCGCCCCCUCCAUCAACAUUGAACCUUCACCUUUGAAGCCGGUGUCGAAUUUGUCUCCACCCGUCUCGAUGCCGGCGUCGACAGCAGCCGUUCCCUCAAUUACCAUGACGGCCGAAAUGAUCUCGCCGACCACGGUCGCCGAGGCCGAGAAGAACGAAGAACUCAAGACCCAGUCGAAGGUUCUCCAAAUGAAAUUGGUCACCGCCACCGAAAACGAUACGCCCUCACAGGCUCAUCCGUCGGUUACGCGGAGCUCUCAGCCAGAAGCGGAACCGGUCCCCGUGGCGAAACCUAAUGUAAAGCUUCCCCCUCUGUCGCACAUGAAUCCAGUCCCCUCGAAUCAACCUACACCCGCACCGAAUCAGGCGACGAAAGAGAAUCUCUUCAGCCGAUUCGAAAAUAGGAUCAAGAAACUCGAACUCCACAUGAACCUCAGCGGAACGUAUCUCGAGGAGCUGAGCAGACGCUACCGAAAUCAAAUGGAGGAGAUGCAGGCGGCUUUCAACAAAACGGUGGCAGCACUCAACAUGGAAGCCAAGAAAGGCCUGGAACGAGAUCAUAAUCAGCAACAAGCGUUGGCAGUCUUGCAAGAGAAGCUCUCAGCGGUCACGGAAUCUCUGCGAAAACUCGAAAUUGAAAGUGAUUCCCUGUGGUGGCGUCUCUUGCUCGCCUACCUUGGCCUUCUCGCUAGCAGCAUCGCCAUGAUCACUGUUCUAUCCCGUCAGAUCUGCCUGCGCACGAUCAGAAACUCAGCGGAACCAGUGCCGGCAGAGCGCCAGAUCCUUGAGAUCCUGGAACGUCUGUACAAGGAGAAGUACUUGCAAGAGAACGCCGACUCGUCGAAGCAGAACGGUUCCGAAAAACCCAAAGAGGAAACGCCUCAGAUCGCUGAGAAGCUAGAAAUGACGGAAGAAGAAACAGUGAAUAUCAAGACAGAACCAAAGCUCGAUGAUCUGAAGCCGAUGGAGAUAAAGAUAGAGCCGCUAGAUGAGCAUUGCUCGGAGGUGCGGCAGAACUUCGCGGAACCUUCCAACGGCGUAUCGCAGAAGGCUCAUCAAGACGAAGAGGAAGCAUGGGACGCAGGUGAUCUCAAGAAGGAGUUCCCCGUCCUCUCGAGGACAUCCGUGGAUAACGAUGUGUCCUUGCCGACGUGUACAAAAUGCGCUUUAAGCUGUUGCAGCCAUGCUCUCUUCCGGCACUAG